GCUAAUGGGUAGUUCUAACCAAUGUGGGUAGUUCUAAAUUGAAAUGGGCAACUCUAAAAACCAAUUUGGUCAGUACCAAAAAUCGUGAAUUUUCUGUAUUAUUGGAAUAUGUAAUAUUGUUUAAUUUAAGUAGGUAUGUAUUUUAUUUAAUAUUUUUUACACAAAUGUUAUCAAUCCAUUCCAUAACAUUUAUUAUCAUAUACACAUAGAAGAUUGUGUAAUCUAUAUGAUAACACGAUGCAAUACAGAAAGUGAUAAUAAUGUGACCAUUAAAUUCGUCAUGUUUUAUGUUUAUUUUACUAAUUACUUAGACGAAGAAGUGACCAAGUGAAAGUGACGUGCGUAGCGAACAUGGAUUUAAAAAAGCAAAUGUCACCAUAUUAUUACUAUUACAAGGAUAUAAUUUGACAUGUGGACCGUCACCAAAGGCUUCAAUAUUAUUUAUCAUAUUUAAAUAAUAUUGAAGAAUAAAGUACUUCCUACAUUCAGUAUGUACUAUGAAUAAAAAAUUAGCCCCAAAAAGCAGUUCUGGUCUUAUGAAAAAAUGGCUUUAUAAAAGUAAAAAUACUGAUCUUAACAUAGAUAAUUUAGUAGAUAACUUAAUUAACACCACAAGCGGCAAUAGCACUUCAGUAAACAGCUUGGAUAACACCAUAAAUACUGAGAUUAGUGAGAUUCAACAAAAGAACACAACUUUAGUGAAUGACAGUAGUUGCAUUAAACAUUUUCAUUUUAAAGGAAAACAUUUGAUUCGUUGUGAGCCAUGUUAUGCAGAACAAGACAUAGUAAAGCGAUAUAGUAAUAAUAAAUCUAAAGUUCCUGCAAUCGCUCAAGAGUAUGGAACUAAAUAUCUUCUGAAAGUAUUAAAUGACCAUCUGUCUACCACAUAUCACAUAGAAGCGAUUAAGGUACAUAAGUAUAAAACUUUAAAUACUUCUGAAAAAAUGGCCAUAACUCCAAUGGGAAAAGCAGUCAAUCAAGCAAAUGACAAAUUGGCGAGGAAAAUUGGCUGUCUUAUGAUUCAUGUUUAUAAUGAUGCUAAGAAACUUACACUAUCUGCUUAUUCUUUUCCCAGCCGGGUUAUUGUAUCACAAAAAGCAAAUUUGUUUCAAUUAAAUGGUGAAGUAUCAAAUAAUAUUGAUGAUAGUGAACUUCAGUAUCUAACACCACACACUCAUAAAGACCUUCUAGAAUGUAUUGUAGAAACUCAUCAGUCAUCUUUUGUGGAAGAUAUUCUUAAUAAUUCACUCGCAUUGUCUUUGCGCUGUGAUGGAAGUGUUGACCGAACUCAAAUCGAUAAAAUGUAUGUGUUGAUGAAAUCUAUUACACUAGAAGGAGAAGAAAAACUUUAUUUUCUUGGUGCUGAAGAACCUGUUGAAAGGGGUGCGAAAGGUAUGUGUGAUGCUUUAAAAACAGCAUGUGUUAAAAGACUUGGAAAUGAAAAUUUCAACAAUAUUUUGAAAAAAACAUCUUCUCUAGUUACUGAUGGAGCGAGUUCGAAUGUAGGACAAAAAUCUGGCUUGUGGACCUUAUUAACAAAUUUGAAAAAAACUGCAUGUGGAACUGAAGUUAUGAGCCCAUUAAUUACUUUAUGGUGUGCAGCACACCGUUCAAAUCUAGCAUGGGAGUCAGUGAGUGAAUCGGUUCCUGAAGUUAGUUUACUUUUUCAAAAACUUGUUGGUUUAACUACAUUUUUUCGAAGAUCUGGUUUGAGGACACGAGAAUUGAAAAAUAUUGCUCUUGAGUAUAACCUCAAAUUGCUUCAACUUCCAAAAGUUUUUGAAGUUAGAUGGUCUCAGUUUUCAUAUACGCUUCUUAAUAAUGUGCUGGUUUCAUGGUCUUGUUUAGUCAAUUAUUUUAAAAAUUCUUCAGAUAAAGUUCAUGUGGGCCAUUUCAAGUUUCUUACUCAUGAGUACAACAUUCGCCUUAUGGCAGUUCUGGCUGAUGUUUUAUACAUUUUUUCAAGGUAUCAACAACAAUUGCAAUCUGAUGAUUUGAAUGUUAUUUCAAUGGAUGAAAAAACUAUGUACAUCAUUAAUAAAAUUGAAAUGUUAAAGUCUACCCCACUUAUAGGAGGUUGGGUUGAGGCUUUAGACAAACAAGUAGUUAUCAAUAAAGAUGGUUCACUUACAUUAAAUUCAAUAACUAUAAAAAGUAUAGAAAUUCCACGUCAUAAAUCCCAUCAUAAGUUUGUUACACAAAAUAGAUGUCUUGCAGCAGUUAAACAAGAAAUUGUAUGUUCUCUUCAAGAAUUUUUAAAACAAAGAUUUUCUAUUGAUAAAAAUUUACUGUCAAUUAUAAAACCAUUUGUUGUACUAUCUUCUGUAGCAUGCAUCAAAGAUAUUCAUAAUUUAAUUGGCGCAGACAUAGAUUUAAAAGAAUUUUCAUUGGAGUAUGAUGAAUUGAUAUCAAUGGAAAAUAUAUCUGAAUUACGAAAAAUGAACCUUAUUAAAUUAGUAAAAACAUUAUGUGGCUCAAAAUAUUUUCCAAAUGUUUGUACAAUGUUGGCAAGAGUGGCAGCUGCUAAACCUCAUAGUGCUGAUGUUGAACGUUUGAUAAGUGCCAGCAACUUAUUAAAAUCACCAUUACGCUCAACUAUGAAUAUUGAGACAGAAAACUUGAGCUUAUAUAUAAAUUAUAAUAUGCCACCAUUAUACGGUUGGGAUCCUAGGGACACAGUUUACCAUUGGAUGUCUAAAAAGAAACAUCGAGUCCUCAAAAGAAGAAAAGGAAAGGAACAAAGUUAUUUUAGUGGAGUUUUCUUUGAAGCAUCUGGUAAAAACAAAAUUAUCAAUAGUGACGAUAGUGGCGAAGACACUGAAGAUAAAAAAAAAAAAAAAUUUUAAUUUGUUAUUAUUAUUAAUAAAUUAUAAUAAAUAAAGUAAUGUAUAAAGUGUUUACAUGUGUGGUCAAUAUAUAGUUUGGUAAAUAGUGGUAAUUAAGCGAAUUUAGCGAGCGACAAAUUUACUUAAUCUGCAUCUACAAAAAUAUUAAAAUGUUGGGCAGUUCUAAAAUUUUCUUAGCGCAAGCUCUGUAUUAUAAUGUAUAAUAACUGAAU